CUCUACUAGACAACCAGGAACGUGCCUGAUCGGUUUGUGACGCAAGACAUUUGCAAUAAAGCCGUUGAACAUUAUCCCUUUAUACUUAAGUAUAUGUAUAGAUGAAAUCUUCGGACCUUGUUGGAAUGUAUAUAAAUGGUACUCUGUUACUGGUGCUCUGUAGAACUAUGUGACACCGUCAGGUGCCCCAUGAGAUAUGACCCUCCAGAUAUCAUCCACCAUGAGUUUUGAUAAGAAUAAAAAAUAUAUAGAAGAAGGAGACACAGUGAUGUUAUAUCUAGGACGUCAAUCAUUGAUGACAAUUAAAGUGGAUUCAAGUAAAACACAUCAAACAAAAUUUGGAGCUUUUUCACACAAAGAACUAAUUGGAAAGUCAUUUGGUGCUAAGGCAUACUCAAAGAAUAAAAAGGGUUGGAUCUGGCUACUUCAUCCAACUCCAGAAUUAUGGACAGUAACUUUACCACACAGGACACAAGUACUGUAUAGUACAGAUAUAUCACUAAUAACGCUUCUGUUGGAACUAAAGCCUGGAUCUGUAGUUGUAGAAUCAGGUACAGGAAGUGGUUCAUUAUCACAUGCAAUAGUUCGUUGCAUCAAACCUAAUGGCCACUUGUAUACAUUCGAUUUUCAUCAACAAAGAGUUGAAAAAGCCAGGGAAGAAUUUAAAGAUCAUGGUUUCAGUGGUUACGUCUCGUGCGCAUGUGCAGAUGCAUGUAAAGAUGGCUUUGGUAUGGAAGAUGGAGCCGAUGCUGUCUUUUUAGACUUGCCAGCUCCUUGGGACGCUGUUCCACAUGCAAAACGUGCGUUAAAGAAGUCAGGUGGUCGAAUAUGCUCGUUUUCUCCUUGCAUCGAACAAGUUCAACGUACAUGCGACGUGUUGCAGCAGCAUCGCUUUUGUGAAAUAAAAGUGAUGGAAUGUCUUCUUCGCACAAUAAAUGUUCAAAUGGUGUCUUACCCAGAAGCUAAUCUAGAUGUUUUAUUUUCUCAGGAAUUGACGACUAAAAUGUCUGCCAUGGAACCAAUUACAUCAUCUGCAGAGAAGCGGGUAAAAGUUAAUGUCUUAGAAAAAUGGACCGAUAUGGAAACUGAUGUAACGCUGGCAGCCGACCAAGUUAGGAAAGAUAAAAGACGCAUAGUAGGUCUUGACAACACGAGCAAAUCUAUGAAUGCAAGCGCACUUACUCUAAAAAAUAGCAAAGAAAUGCCUGGUCACACUGGCUAUUUGACAUUUGCGUCUACGUAUCCACGUUGGUUGAAACAACGUGAAAAAAACUAUUAGAUUUACAUAUGGAAUAAAUAGAUCAAGUGAUAAUCUGUCAGAAAAGAAUACAUAAUGGACUCUCCCGAAAA